AUGGCCUUGGCCACAGGGCUGAGGUUCGAGAUCAAGCUAUCGGCCGGGCUAGACGGUGGCUACUUGCGAAACUUUGAUGUCACGGUGGGCGCCGACAAGCAGCUCAAAUUCUGUCCAGACAAUGUAAAAGCGAAAGUCGGCGACACACUUACAUUCUCCUUCUUCCCGAAGAACCACAGCGUCGUCCAAUCAGAUUUCGCCCACCCGUGCAAGCCGCUUAAUGGCCACGGUGGUAUCUUCUCAGGCUUCGUACCCGUCAACACCACACAAGGCCCUCAAAACUUCGUCAUCACAGUCAAAGAUGAGAAACCACUCUGGCUCUACUGUGCGCAGACCACCGGCAAUCACUGCCAGGCCGGCAUGGCCAUGGUAGUAAAUGAGCCCGCCGCACCAAACACCCUCGCUCAAUAUAAAGAAAACGCAAAGCUCUCGGGCAUCAGCGAGGUCCCACCCGCAAUCGGCGGCGGUGUCUUUCAACCCAACCCCAAGGCUUCCUCUUCAGGCACUGCACCCCCAUCCACCGCUACUGCACCUCCUCCUUCAGCUAGCACAGUACCUGCUGGAUGCCCGGUUUGCCCAGUGUGCCCAACGGGCGAAUAUAAGUGGAGUCAGCCAUCGACCGGAAAUGGGUACAAGCGCGCUCGCGCAUUUGCUGGUUGA